CGGGGCGGGGAUCAGAUCCAAUCCAUAAUCAAAGAAGAAAGACUAUAAUAUCCCUCGGUUACGAAUCACGGGAGUGUACACGUCAUCACCCUGACGGAACACCUCGAAAACGAAGAACUAACGCAACCGUCUUCUUCAAGUGUCGUUAAUUCGUUGGGUCAUCGUUGCCACUUAAGUUACGCGCCAUUGUGAUUCAGUACUACUAUAACACUAGAGCUCUGACACUUAUUACUACUCUCUCUCUCUCUCUCUCUCUCUCUCUUGACGGUUGGUUACUCGAUCUGUGAGAUGGAGCCGCUGCUGAGAGGCGAAGGGAGUGGUGGCCGGAGGGACCACGCGCGGGGGAUAUUCCGCCGCUCCGACGCCAUCACCUACGGCUCCAACUAUGAGAAAGCUGCUGCACUCGUCGAUCUGGCUGAAGAUGGUGUUGGACUCCCUGAGCAAAUUCUUGAUUCUUCAAGCUUUCAAAGUUCUUCAAGAUAUUAUUUCAUUUUCAUUAAAUGCAAUAUCAUGUGGUCUCUUGCUUAUUUUGCUUUGAUAGUCCUAAAUUUCUUGGAGAGACCUCUGUGGUGUGAAAAUUAUACCAAACCAUCUUGCAGCGAUAGAGAGUAUUUCUUUCUGGGACAGUUGCCAUAUCUAACUAAUGCAGAAUGUCUUAUUUAUGAGGGAUUAACUGUUGUGGUGCUAAUCAUACAUACUUUCUUCCCAAUAUCAUAUGAAGGGUCCCGUAUAUAUUGGAGAAACGCAAUUAAUCUGUUGAAGGUCUUCUGUCUGUUAGUUCUCAUUGCUGAUAUGCUGGUUUAUGCUAUUUACUUGUCUCCAGCGGCUUUUGAUUUUCUACCUUUCAGAGUUGCUCCUUAUAUCAGGGUUAUUCUUUUCAUUCUGAAUAUUAGGGAGUUACGUGAAACCAUCACUAUCUUGAGUGGCAUGGUUGGCACAUACUUGAAUGUCUUGGCUCUGGGGCUUCUGUUUCUUCUUUUUGCAAGUUGGGUGGCUUAUGUGAUGUUUGAGGAUACGAUACAAGGAAAAACAGUAUUCACUUCUUAUGGUGCUACAUUGUAUCAGAUAUUUGUUUUAUUUACUACAUCGAAUAAUCCAGAUGUUUGGGUGCCUGCAUACAAGGCUUCACGUUGGUAUUGCCUGUACUUCAUUAUAUUUGUUCUUUUGGGGGUUUACUUCGUUACAAACUUGGUCCUUGCCGUUGUUUAUGAUAGUUUCAAGAGUGAGCUUGUGAAACAAGUUUUCGAGAUGGAUCGUAUGAGAAGAGCAAUGUUGGAGAAAGCUUUUAAUCUCUUAGAUACUCAUAGUACUGGAUAUCUUAACAAAGAUCAAUGCAUUAGGCUCUUUGAAGAGUUGAACAAAUACAGGACUUUACCCAAGAUCACCAAGGAAGAAUUUGAGUUAAUAUUUGAUGAGCUUGAUGAUAGUCGUGACGUAAAGCUCAAUAAGGAUGAAUUUGCUGAUAUUUGCCAUGCCAUUGCUUUAAAAUUCCAGAAGGAGGAUUCUAUCUCUUACUUUGAGUAUUUACCAUUCUACAAUUCACCCACCUCAAAGCAAUUGAAAGAAUUUGUGAAGAGACCCAUCUUUGGAUACCUAGUCUCUUUUCUUCUCGUACUCAAUCUAGUUGCAGUUAUUAUUGAGACAACGCUUGAUAUACAAAAUAAUUCUGGUCAAAAGGUGUGGCAAGUGGUUGAGUUCAUUUUUGGGUGGAUAUAUGUAAUAGAAAUGGCUCUGAAGGUUUAUGCAUAUGGAUUUGAGAACUAUUGGCGGGAUGGUCAAAAUCGCUUUGAUUUUGUUAUCACUUGGAUAAUUGUCAUUGGAGAAACUAUAACUUUUGCUUCGCCUGAUGAUCAGACUUUCUUCUCGAAUGGAGAAUGGAUCCGUUACCUUCUUCUGGCAAGAAUGUUGAGGUUGAUAAGGCUCCUAAUGCAUGUCAAGCAAUUCCGAGGCUUUGUUGCAACUUUCUUAACGCUGUUGCCAAGUUUGACGCCAUACUUUGGGAUCAUAUUUUGUGUCUUAUGUAUUUAUUGCUCGGUUGGUGUACAGAUUUUUGGUGGACUUGUUAAUGCUGGAAACCCUAAAUUGCUAGCAUCAGAUCUUGCUGAUAAUGACUAUUUGCUAUUUAAUUUCAAUGAUUAUCCUAAUGGAAUGGUGACACUUUUCAAUUUGGUAGUCAUGGGGAACUGGCAAGUAUGGAUGCAGAGCUACAAGGAGUUAACGGGUACUUCUUGGACCUACGUAUACUUCAUAAGUUUCUACUUAGUCACGGUUUUGCUACUUUUGAACUUGGUUGUUGCUUUUGUCUUGGAGGCAUUCUUUGCUGAAAUGGAGCUUGAGUCACCGGACACCUGUGAUGAACAGGACAAGGAAGUUGAAGGAGAUAAAUAUCGAAGACGGUCAGUUGGCACAAAAUCACGAAGCCAGAGAGUUGAUGCUCUUCUUCAUCAUAUGUUGAGCUCUGAGUUGUGUCAAAGUCAAACACAGCCUUCCAAUUCAUAGAACUGAUAAAAAUCCUUUUCCAGGAUGCAGGAAAAUCCCACUUUCUUUCUUGUGAAGCUUAUACAGAUCUUGUUUGAUAGACUCUAGUCACGUAUCCAGAUGAGUGGAAAUUCAAAGUUUAUGUCCCCAGUAAUUUGCAAGCGAGGCCAAACUGAUACGCAUGGAUAUGCUUGCGCUGAAUGUGAUGAAAACUCAUAAUAGCAGUAGGAAUGUAGGAUCAUCAGGCUUCAGAAAUCUUACUUGUUUUUAUUAGUAUUGCAGAUCUUUAGUGGCAACCUUUUAUUUAUUUAAUUUUAAUCCCAGUUGACUUUUGUUUUG